AUGCACUCAUUAGUAACGGAAGACGAAAUCUAUGAUGUCCUCAUCAUCGGUGCAGGCCCCUGCGGUCUUGCCAUCUCAGCUCGUCUCCACGAACACACCCCAGCCGCUCUCUUCACAGACGAAGAACACCGUCGUUUCCACUGGAUCUCCAAGUAUGGCAACAAAAUGCCCUUGAAGCAUGCCCGAAGUGGUAAAAUCACGGCUGCCAAGUCUCCAGUCCAGAAGCCGCAGUACAAGAUGCUCGUACUGGAUGCUGAUGGCGAUACCUGGAUGAGUCGCUGGAACAGACUCUUCAAGAUGUAUGACAUCUCACACCUGAGGAGCCCUAUGCUUUGGCAUGUUGAUCCUCUUGAUCGCGAUGCUUUACUUGCACAUGCGUAUGCAAAUGACAGAGAGGAUGAGCUGAUUGAGAUUCGGAACUGCGUGGGCAAGGAGGUCAGCAAGCAUGGAAGAAAAAAGAAUGGUCAACGAGCCUGUGGAAAAAGACAAGAAGCUCGUGUUGACAUUAACGUGAGAGAACGCAACGACUACUACAACCCCUCUACAGCUCUCUUCUGUGAUCAUUGCGAAAAGGUGGCUGCUCGGUAUAGACUCGGCCCAGACAGCAUCCGCAAAGAAGCCCUCGAGCAUCUCGACUACAGUGAAGUCAAGGGCGUCUCCAUAGAUGGGGAGAAGCUCUUCACUGUAACGUCCAACAAAGUCCGUCGCUUUGCUCGUACAGUGGUAUUAGCUGUCGGUCCUGCCAAUGUAGCCAAGAUUCCACACAUCCCCUCCAUGCCGGACACUGAGAGGCUCCCUCAGACAUGUCACAGCAUGCACAUCACAGAGUUUCCUGAUCCCCUAGUCAAACAGAGAAUCGCUGCACAUCGACAGACGAACAUUCUCGUCGUGGGCGGCGGUCUUACGUCUGCGCAGUUGACUGAUCUGGCUAUUCGGAAAGGCGUAACCAAAGUGUGGCAUGUCAUGCGUGGACCUCUCCGCAUCAAACACUUUGACGUUUCUCUCGAUUGGAUGGGAAAGUUUAAGAAUGCAAAGCAGGCGCAGUUUUACUAUGCUGAUUCCGAUGAUGAGAGGAUUGAGAUGAUCAAGGAGGCUAGAGGUGGAGGAAGCAUCACUCCAGUAUUCCACAAGCGCCUCAAGAAGCAUCUCGCCACUAGAAAACUUGAGCUUCUCACAGAAACAAACCUCGUCGAUGCAUCUUUCGACGCAGAGAGCGGUACAUGGACUGUUCAGACGAACCCUCCUGUUGAGAUGCCAGCCAUGGAUUACAUGUACUUUGCAACAGGCAUCCAAACCGACUUUUCGUCUCUGCCAUAUUUGCAGACUAUCUUGCAAAAGUAUCCUAUCGAAGGACGAGGCGGAUUUCCCUGUAUCAAUAACGAUCUGAUGUGGAAUGACGAGGUCCCGUUGUUCAUGAUGGGAAGACUCGCGGCUCUGCGCCUCGGGCCCGCGGCCCCGAAUCUUGGAGGUGCACAAGUCGGUGCUGAGAGAGUUGCGUGGGCAAUAGAGGAUCGAUUCCCAAGACCUGGUGAGGUUGAAGCGGUGGAGGAUCACAGGAAGGGAUAUUUGUCAGGUCAUGGCAACAUGUACAGCUCUUUAGUUUGCGAAUGA